AUGAAAGACUAUGAUGUGUCUAAAUGGUGGAAAGAAAUUAAAAAACUUGGCUAUGGUUCUAGCAAAACGGAAUGGUGUGAGCAACUAAUGGGUGAGGCAACCGGUACAAUAGAGGAACUAGCUGAGAACAUUAACAGUUUUUUCGUUAAUUUAUCAUCAGAUUUCCAACCCCUUGAAGUCGAUCGGAACUAUCAAGCCGAAUGCCCACCCGAUAUGCUCGUUGACCAGUAUAAAGCGUAUCGUGCCUUGAAGGAAGUUAAAUGUCAUAAAUCAGUUGGCCCUGAUGAAAUUCCUAAUAGGAUACUUCGCGACUUUGCUUUCGAAUUAUCCCCAGUGGUGUCCGAUAUUUAUAACAGUACUUUGAGACAAGGAAAAAUCCCUGAAUGA